GCGGUGCUGCUGCCACUGCUGCACAAGGGCCCCGCCUAAAAGGGCGAAUUCCCCAGCUGAAACCGGUCUUACAUAAUCCUAUUCAAAUUUUUCUCCUGAGCUUAUUUCACGCUGCAUUCUGAUCCUGCUCCAGCACUGCUUCUUCUUCCUGUCUCCUUUCUUAUCGCAGCAGCAGCAGCAGCUACACCUCCAAACCACCCCCAGAAUCGCCAGUUUGUCUGAGUCGUCCUUUCCCACUCUAACCCUUGUCCUAUUCUGACCUCCUUCUGGUUCCACUUCCUUCCAGCAAUCACUGCCUUUUCUCUACCAAGGGUGUUUUUACAUUUUCAGCAUGGAAUUUCAACAGUCUCAAUUAAACCAGCACGAUCAGCUCCAACUCCAAGACAGCGAUCAAUCUCAGAAUGAUUCGAUCAAUGAAAUAUUAUAUCCUUUGGCUUUGUUAAUGGAUGAACUAAAACAUGAUGAUGUUCAAACUCGUGUCCUUGCAACCCAACGUUUAGAUACCAUUGCAAUUGCUCUUGGUCCUGAAAGAGCUAGAAACGAACUAAUCCCUUUUCUUCAAGAUGUCGCCCAAGAUGACGAAGAAGAAGUCUUUGCUGUUUUAGCUGAAAAACUAAACUCGAAUUUCGUAAAUUACUUGGGUGGCCCCAGCUACGCUACUAUUUUACUACCAAUCCUACAAAUUUUGUGCUCAAUGGAAGAGCCUAUUGUUAGAGACAAGGCAAUUAAUUCAUUAAACGACUUGGCCACAAUCCUAUCCCAAAACCAAAUCAAUAACGAUUUCCUAAAUCUAAUCUCGCAACUAUCUCAAGGCGAUUGGUUUUCCUCAAGAGUAGCUUCCUGUGGCCUCUUCCGAUCAGUUUUAAUCAAAGUCGACUCAACCAAAAGAAAAAACCUUUUGUCCGCUUACUUGAAACUAAUCCAAGAUGAUUCUCCAAUGGUCAAAAGAGCUGCCGGUAACCAUUUAUCAAAUUUAAUAGACCUAUUGUCUCAACUAGAAAGCUUGCAUCAAAACAAAAACAAAAACACUCAAAAUAACCUCGAAAAUAGCAACAUCAACAACCUAGAGGCCAACACUGCUGACGACACCGAUAAUCUCAAAAUAGAUGACAAUAACCUAACUAUCACCGAUAAAAACGACACCCAUCCUAUAUCUCUCCCUGACCCCCCAAAUAACAAUGAUUGGGAAUUGAUCUUUCAAAUGUUCAACUCCCUAACAAACGACGAACAAGACUCUGUCAAAUUCUUGUCCGUCGACGUAUUAAUAUCGAUCCUCAACUACUUCAACCACCACAAAGAAGACUCUUCUCACAACCAAGACUUGCUAGAAAUCUUCUUAAAACUAUGCACCGAUGAAAGCUGGAGAGUUCGUUACAUGAUUGCUGAUAAAUUCCAAAAAAUUGCCCUCUAUUACAGCUCCGACGACAUCAAACUCAAAUUGCUUCCUCAAUUUAUCUCUCUAAUGCAAGACAACGAAGCAGAAGUUAGAAAAGCCAUUUCAAAACAGCUAACUGACUUCUCAAAAUUAAUACCCUCAAAGGAAAUCAUAAUAAAUAGAAUGAUCUAUCACGUCGUUGAAUUAGCUAAUGAUAAAAAUGAAGCCGUUAGAAGCUCCCUAGCAAGCGAAAUAACAGGUUUAGCUCCCCUAUUGGGCAAAACUCACACAACUAACUCACUUUUACCAAUCUUCUUAUCAAUGCUAAAGGACGACUUUCCAGAAGUCAGAUUGAACAUCAUAUCAAAACUAACCGUUGUCAAUGACGUUAUUGGCAUCAAAUUACUAUCAAACAGCUUGUUACCUGCAAUCACUGAACUAGCUAAAGACAAACAAUGGAGAGUUCGAUUGGCCAUCAUCAAACACAUCCCGCUAUUGGCAAAACAACUAGGUAUCACUUUUUUUAACAGAGAAUUGGGCUCUUUAUCAUUGUCUUGGUUGUGGGACUCUGUUUAUUCAAUUCGUAAUGCCGCUGUUAAUAACCUAAAACAAUUAACUGAAAUCUUUGGCGCUGAAUGGGCUAAAACUGAAGUUAUUAAAAAAAUCUUAAAUAAUGAAAUCUUGGAAAGUUACAGAUUGCAAAACCCAGAACUAUUUGAAAACCAAGGCGAAGUCACCCAAAAUCAACUUCAUAACCAAGUAAUUCAAAAUAGAACGGAUACAGGUGUCCUAUUUGACGAUACCUUUGAUGAAUUAAGUAGCUCGUUAAUGAACAACUUUAUCUACAGGAUCACUUGUUUAUUCACCUUGAAGAGUUUAACAAUUGCUCUUGCUAAUGACAAAGACUUAAUCAUAAAUGAUAUCUUGCCUUUCAUCUUGAAAAAUGCUAAAGAUGAUGUUGCAAAUAUUAGAUUUAACGUUGCAACAACUUUAUUAACAAUCACUCAAGUCUUAUUAAACAAGUUUUCCGAAAACAAUAGUGCUGACGACAAUUUGGAAAAUGUUAAUAAAAAUAUCAACUCCUUCAGCAUUCUUGAAAACAAUAAUAUUAACAAUAAUACUAACAACAUAAAUGAAAACGAUAAAAAAGAAGAUCCAAGUAAACUAAAAGUUGAUGACUCUCCUGAAGACAUUGAAAAAUACUUAAACAUUAUAAAUACUCAAAUUGUGAAAACUUUAACUCAACUAGCAUCCGAUAAAGAUGAAGAUGUUAGAUUCUUUUCAAAUAAAAGUCUCAAUGCUGUUCAAACUAUUUUAAGUGAAUUCAACAAAAAAGAUUCAAAGAUACAAGAAAAUACUGAAAGCCCAAAAUAGCUAGCUAAUCUUAAAUCUUUCAAAAAAAACAAUAAAAAAUAACAAUAAAAUAACAUUAAAGUGAAAUAAUUGGAAAAAUUGGAAAAAAUAAAUUUAUAAAAGCUCUUGGGAUUUUUUUUAAAAAUUUAAAAUAAAGACAAAUUCAAUAUUAGAAAUUUACUAAUCUAGAAAAAAAAUUUUUGUUAUAUGCUAUUUACAUACUUAUUUUAU